AUGGUUCAAGACGAACUUCAAACCUCAGGACCAAAUGUUGUUGAUGGCUUGACCGACCACAUCUACAACCUCGGUCCAGGUGUUGAUCCAACUUUAAUCAACAAGAUUCAAGAUCCACUUUUUCUAGACCAAGUAGCUGAAACGUACAAGGACAUCUCAACCACGGUUAGGCUGUUUGGACCGUGGUCAGGUGCAUGGGUUGGGGAGUUUGGUGGGACCUACACAACAGUGGCGCCAACGAUGUCUCCGACACCUUUGCUAAUGGAUUCUGUCCAUACAGACUCUUCUUCAAUCUGCAAACCAUCUGCUCCUUUCCAGUCUUCUCAAGUCUUCGAUAACAAAGAAGACAGCAGCACAAGCACAACAGACAGAAAAUUACAACCUCAGAUAACACAAUCCUUCAAAGAGAGAAAAAGAAGCCAGAGCUGGCUCAGAAGACAGUUUUCUCGACAAACGAGUUCGGAUUACGAGUUAAGUGGUGCCGAUUAUCAGGCUGCUGUUGCUGCAGCAGCUUAUGCAAUUCAAUCGCUCGACGAUUUGAAAUCUAAGGAUAAUAAAGAGGCAGCAAACAAAUCCUUGAGCAAGAUGAAGGACAAAUCUGAAGCCACAAUAACUCGACCCGAACCACUUAAAAGUGCACUAAAAUCUGCAGAUGAAACUUUAAGAUCAAGUUUCAAGAAUCCAAACCAAACAAACACGAAUACCAAAAAGACACCCGAAAAGGAACCAUCCUUCAAGAAGAGAAUCAGCUUUGCAGAUAACGAAGAGACUAUUAUACGCAACAAACCCGAAAAUUCAGCACCCGACGAGAGGGUCCCUGAAGUGGGGCCCACAUUCAGAGCUGACAGCAAGAAGAAGCCUGAGACCAUCAUGCCAAAGACAAAUCCUGUAGAUUCAAUAAAGCCAACUGCAGUAAAAUCAGGACCCGGAGACUAUCGAGCGGAUGACUGGGAAAUAAAAGAGAUUGAAAACAUCAGAGAACGGUAUGUGAAGCUGAGAGCCACCAUUGAUAACUGGGAAACUAAAAAGAAGAAAAAGGCAAAACGAAAAAUCGAAAGGGCAGAGAUUGUUCUCGGCCUGGUCGACGUACUUCCCGACGCCCUGGGUCCCGUCCAGCUUGCCGUACUCGGAGCCGGCUUCGAGGAGGUCUGCAGCGGCGCCGGCGACUUUAUUCUUGUCGAGUUUCUCAGGCUCGUUGCGGAAUUGGGCCUGGGCCGCGUCGGCGACGACCUUGGCGCUGGCGAAGAGGUCGGAGUUGGAGGCGGGCUUGUGGUCCGAGUUGUUGGGCUCAUCGGGAGUGGGCUUGGGCUGUUCGCCGCCUUUGACCAUGCUUGA